AGGGCAACAAAUUUGCUCUUUCCCUCCGCUGUAGACAGAGACGGCGCCGGCGACGGCGCCAGGAGUGGCGGCCAUCCCUCCCUCACUCCUCCUCCGGGGUGCGAACAGGUCGGCGCCCUGCCUCAACCUGCUCCGGCCUCAGCAAAUCGGGAUUGACCAGCGCCUCAUCGUUCUUCGCCCACCAAGAGGAGCCAACGCCCUUCACCAGCACCUCGCGUCGCGGCAAAGCUGCUAGUCACCAUGGACGAAGAUGCGACGGCGAGCAACUUGCGCGCUGCUGAGACAUUUGAUCCUGACCUUAUUCACGCCAUCUUUAAGCUGGUGUGGAGGCGGCGGGCAGAGAAGAGCAGGGGUGGCAAUGAGGACAUCGACAUUGAGCCUGCUCCGAAGACUUCGAGAAGAAACCGGAGUACAACUGCUAAUGCAAGUGCGCUUAAAGUCAGCUGUGAACUUUUGCGCAUAUUCAUUACAGAGGCUAUUCAACGUUCUGCUUUUAUUGCUGAGGCGGAGGGAGCUACUGUUAUCGAACCCACCCAUCUAGAGCGUGUAUUGCCGCAGCUUCUCUUGGACUUUUGAGGCUCCCCUAUGGAGCUUCCGGAUCCAUUUAUUCGAGCACAUUCAGGCAUAGGAGGGUAAAGAUGCCUAAUGACUGUGUAGUGCAGAUGCAAUCACUGGAACCAUAUGAUUGAUCAAUGCCUUGUAAACAUAUGCAGCUUCUGCAUCUGCUAAGCUUGGCGAAAGGAAAAGGUAGCAUCAAUCAUCAUACAGAUGGUUGUUUAUCACUUCAGGGCAGCAGCCCAGUUACAUAUGUCAGCAGUUGCUGUCCAUCCAGUGCUAAAGCUUAGCAGCGGUCUGUAUUGUAGCUUGAGGGAAUUUCCUUUUGAGGCUGUUUAGCUUCAAGAAACUUUGGCAGAACAGUACUCUAAUGGUGUCUUUAUGAAAUAGAGGCAGCUCGCUUAAAAGAUGGGUCAGUUUCAUUUCCAUAGGUCAGUCUCAGUGCACAGUUUCAUGGCAGAAUUAUCAAGAUUGAAAAUUAGGUAACUGUGCCAGAUAGGUUUCAUAGUGAUGAAACUCCGCGUUGAAGUUCAGAAUCGAAGGUUAUAACUAUCCGUCUCUGCAGACUUGCCAUUUGCAGAUGAGGUGAUGACGGCUGUGAGCGUUCCUUUGGCUCUCUAGAUUGUGCUGUCUAGUAACCUCUGCAUACGUGUAGCCUGUGUGCUUUGUUCGUUUUGCAGAAGUGCGCCUCUGGUUGCCUCCUAGGUACCAAGUUAAAACCGGCUUUGAACUUUGGGAUCUCUCUGACUUUGUUAUUGGGCAGAAGAAUCAUUGAAAUAACUCUGGUGUAUAGAUGGUUUUCUCAGUGAAAAUGUGGGCCUGGGUUUCUGUUUUUGUAAGGGAGCAAGCAUUGGAACUGGGAAGAGAUUGAAAGCUGUAUUUGACUUGAUUAUUGUCACAUUUCUACUGGACAAUGUGUAGUUCAAACUUCAAAAUAAAUGUUUACCUCCAUUCCAAA